GUUUCCAAACCACUCUGCCGGCGCAUAAAAAAGUUGGCAACAAUUUAGUAUAAAAUUAACUUAAUAACAAUUUCCCGCAGUCAUGGCCAGCGAAUGCCGCAUUUGCGGCGAGCGGAUCUUUACGCCGCAUCCGAAAAACAUCUUCGAGAAGCGCAACCAUCGCAUUCGGACUGCUAUCGAGCAAAUCACGGGCUUGGAGAUUGUUUUGGAAAAGCAGCUUCCUCAGCACAUCUGCUCCUGCUGUCUUCUGGACCUGAGCCAUGCCAUCGCCUUCCGGCAACGCUGCCUGAAAACGCACGAGAAUCUGCACCCAAAGACAUCAACAUCCGCCACCAAUGUGGGUGUCUUAAAGGGCAUCGUAGCGGACCUGAAGGUGGACUACGAUCCUCUGAUGAAACAGGAGGUCCAAGAUGAUAUAAGCGACAUGGAGGAUAAUAAGGAGUUUAUCAUGGAAGUGAAAACCGUAAUAAAAUCGCCACCGGCCAAGAAAAUAAUGCGGGAUGUUCAAAAGCUGCCCAAUAGUCAAUCUCCACGCGUCAUGCUCAAGCGAAUUCGUGUGCCGGAGGUCAGGAAACCACCUGCUCCGUCACCGCCACCUCUUCGGGAGCCGGUCCGCAAACCCAGAAAGAGGCGACCCCGCCCCAAGGUCGAUCGCUCAAUAAAGCGAUAUGUGUGCGACCAGUGCGGCUGGUCCUUCAACGACAUGAGCAACAUGAAAGACCACAAGCUGCGCCACUUCGAGGAACAGUUUUCGUGUGACGAUUGCGGUCGCAAGUUUUACACAAUGCCGCUGCUUCGGCUGCAUAUCCGGGUUCACCACAAGGGCGAAAAACCAUACAUCUGCAAGUUCUGCGGCAUGGGAUUCGCCAAUAGUCCCAGCCGCUGUCGGCAUGAGCGCCAAGUGCAUCCAAACGAGCUGUCUUUUCCAUGCGGAAUUUGCGGAAAACGAUUUAAUAGCGACAAAGGUCGCAACAAACAUCAGGAGGGGCACAAAAGCAACCGGCCGGAUAUCCACAUCUGUCUCACCUGCAACAAGGAGUUCAAGGAGGCGCAAUUUUUGCAUCGCCACUAUUCCACCAAGUAUCAUCGAAAGCGGGAGAACUUGCUAGCAGAGGAUCCAAAAGGGGAAUUACACUCAGACCCCGAAAAUGAGGAGAGUCCUGGUUAUAUGGAAGAAGGUCAGGCAGAUAUGGAAGAGAGCCAGGCCGAAAUGGAUGCUCUUUUGGAGGAUAUAGACGAAGAUCACUAUGAGGAACACGAAGAGCUGGACGAGGAAGAGCCUUUUGAGGAUUUCGAAUAUGACGAAACCAUUAUGGAGGAAGAGCUGUAUGCUUAACUUUUCACGCAGAAAUGGGCGCCAAACUUUUACAAAUGCCAGGGAUGCAGGCUAUCGCAAAUCUAUGUUGGUUCGGUUCGGUGGUUCAAAGAACUUUUUUUGACCCAAGAACCGUGUGCCAAGCAUUAUUAAAAAAAAUAAUUAU